AUGCUCGCCUGGUACAAAGCCAGCCUGGCCUCGCGCCCUCUCCUGACGCAGUCCGUCACGACCGCCGUCCUCUUCGCGACCGGCGACACGCUCGCCCAGCAGGCCGUCGAGGGCAAUGGCAUCAUGGGCCAUGAUCUGUCACGCACCGGUCGCAUGGCCUUCUACGGUGGCUGCAUCUUCGGCCCCGCUGCCACCAUGUGGUUCAGAGUCCUCCAAAACCGCGUCGUGAUCAAGAACUCUCCUCACCUCACCACGCUCGCCCGAGUCGCCGCCGACCAGUGCCUCUUCGCCACCGGCAAUCUCUUCUUCUUCCUGUCGACCAUGGCCGUCAUGGAGGGCAAGAGUCCAAAGGACAAGCUCGCACAGACCUACACCAUGGCUCUCAAGAAGAACUGGAUGGUGUGGCCUGCUGUGCAGUUCGUCAACUUCACAUUCGUGCCGCUGCACCACCGCGUGCUGGUCGUCAACGUGGUGUCCUUGGGCUGGAACUGCUACCUCAGCUUCCUCAACUCCCAGCCAGGCGGUGCGCAUGUCGCCAACCCCGAGCUACCUCCGGAUGUUUGA